UAGUAGAUAGUAGUGACGAGCCACGGAAACGGAUAUUGAAUAACAACAAACAUAAACUGUGAUAUUGUUUUAGUUUCGAAACAAUAUUGUUAACGAUCAAGCCGGUUCGAAUGUAGUAGUUAAUUUGGCUAAUAAGCGUUUUGACAAUUGUUCCGAUUAUUUCGUUACAAGAAAUUCAUGUUUUAUUUUUUUUUCACAACAUGUUACCUUAGCAACAGUAAUGUCCAGCUCGCCUUAACAUUGAUCCAACUAUUUUUAAUUAUUACCAUUCAUUCCCCUGAUGAAAUAAUCGUAUUAAGUCAUUUGUUUUGGAAAAAUGUUCAAAAAUACAUUUCAAAGCGGGUUUUUGUCCAUACUUUAUAGUAUUGGCAGUAAACCCUUGCAGCUCUGGGAUAAGACUGUUAGAAAUGGACACAUCAAGCGCAUUACAGACAAUGAUAUCCAGUCAUUAGUAUUGGACAUUGUAGGUACUAACAUUAGUACAACGUACAUAACGUGUCCAGCUGAAAAAACAAAAACUCUGGGUAUCAAGCUGCCAUAUCUGAUUAUGAUUGUGAAGAACAUGAAAAAAUAUUUUACAUUUGAAGUGCAGAUCCUUGAUGAUAAAAAUAUUAGACGCAGGUUUCGAGCCAGUAAUUACCAAUCAACGACUAGAGUUAAACCAUUCAUUUGUACAAUGCCAAUGCGGCUUGAUGAAGGUUGGAACCAGAUUCAAUUUAAUCUUGCAGAUUUUACAAGGCGUGCAUAUGGCACUGGUUAUGUAGAAACACUGAGGGUCCAGUUACAUGCCAAUUGUAGAGUAAGAAGAGUUUAUUUUAGUGAUAGAUUAUACUCUGAAGAUGAAUUACCUGCUGAAUUUAAAUUAUUCUUACCUGUUCAAAGUAAAGUCGACCACAGACAGAGAGUAGAUUGAACUUACAAAAGCGCCUAUAAUUUUCAACAACAGACAAACAGCAUACUGAUUUAACCACUUCA